UUUUAAUCAUUGAUUGCAGGAAAAGUAUAUAGUUGAGAACUACUCUUCAUCCUUGGUUCUUAGUUGUAGGUUGCUUAUUUGUUUGAUUACAAAAUUUAGCAAUAAGAGCAUUAAUUUCACUUAUACGAUAUCCCUGUUGUACAGCUAUUGUACGUAUGUAAUUUAAUUCUCUGUGUGUCAAUUUUUUGUGUAUAUAAAAAAUAAUUUCGGACAAUACAAUAGCCACAAUUAUUUUUUUCAAAAACUGGAAAUUUUCAUUAGGCAUCGACAAAAAUUCAACCUGGGGCGACAUGCAAUGGAGGAAAUUUCUACAUUGGAUAGGUUGAUUUCACUGAAAAUGCCUCGUGGAUGUGACUGACGAAGUUUGAACAAUUGCGCUCAAAACCAGCGAUACCAAAGAAGAUUGGAGAAUGAGAACAAGAUCCACAGUGAGGAUCGGACUGAUUCCUCUUACUGUAGCCAAGAACAGGCCCAUGACAAUGCAACCUGUCAUAACCUGACUACUGGUGUAAACUUUUCCUCAUUGGAGAGUGCUUGUUUUACUCUUUUCUUUAGAAAAUGGUGCACAGUUAAGCCCUGAGUCUUUGAGAUAUAGUCUUGUCCCGAAAAUGGCUUUGGUGUUUUACUUGUUUUAUAUAAAAUUAAAUAUUUUAUACAAUAUAUAUUCAGUGAUAUGGUAUUCUUCAACCUAAUGCAGACAUUUCUAAUACAAAAUAGUAAAAGUAAUUGUAUAUAAUAGAACAAAUGAGUGAAAUAGAAUAUUGGGUUUUUUCAUAAAUUUAAAAUCUAAAAUUACAUAAUUUAAACUGUUACUUACAUAUUUACUUCUGUUUGAUAAAUAGAUGUCAAGUUGAAGAAAGUUUAGGAAUAUAUAGACCCCGCCAUCCUCCUCCUCCAAAAUAUACAAAGACUUUACAAAAAAAAUUGAAAAAUAGUAUUAAUGGAAGCAGCCAAAAAUCAGAGAGAUCAAUAACUGUAGAUUCUUUUGAUAAAACAUAUGAAAAACCUGUGGAAAAAUCAGAAAAUAUAAAAUUGGAGCAGCAGAUUAAUACAGACAUAAAAGAAAAUUUACAAGAAAGUGAUAAGGAGAUAGUUGAAGAAAUUCCAGAGGAGCAAAUAUUGAGUGAAAAUGAAGAUAUAAAAGAAGAUUUGCCAAAAGAAGUAGAACAGGAACAUUUAUCAGAAAGUGAUGAAGACUAUCUGAGAGAGAAAUCAGGUUCUGAUAAAGAAGAAGAAAUCUAUGAAAUGAUAACAGAAAAUGUUGACCAAGACCAUUCAAAUACCUUUGUUCGUCAAGUAUCCAAAGGAUCCAUUUUUGAAGAUUCUAUUCCUUAUCAUGAAACCUGCUUAUCAAUUGAAUAUAAUUCCGAUGAAGAAAACAUAGAAGAGAAUGAGCAAUUUAAAACAAAUGACGAUAAAAGAAACGACUUUUGCAGACAAGAUUCCUUACUUAAAUCGGAGGAGGAAUCCGAAAUUCUUUAUAGAGAGGAAUCUGAAAUUCAAGAUGACAGAAAAGACAGUGUUGGAAGUAUUGAUUAUCCUUCUUAUAAUCCCAUUCACCAUUGGAGAAGAAAAUCUCAGAAUAGUCAAAAUUAUAAUAGUUUUUCUUCUGAUGAGGAGGAUGAUGGCGUUCAACAUAUUGUCACUGCCGAUGUUCAUAUAAAUGCAACAAGUAUAGGAAAUUAAUUGAUGUUGCUGUGUUUUAUAUUUUUUGUUAUGUUUAUUGAGAAUUUUUAUUGAAACUUUAGUUUAACUUAAGUAUAAAUUUUAUUAAAUGGAAAUUAUAUUUUAUUUACAACUAAUUUUUUACAAGCUACACAUUUUUUAAAAUGAAUUUAGUAUAACUACUGUGUAGUCAAAGAUUUUAUGUAUUUUGGAAUUAUACAUUUAUAUUAUGAGAAUGCUUAAUUGAAGAGUGCAAUGCCAAUAAUUUAUUGUUGUAAAUGCCAAAAAACAAACUUUUCAGGUGAGGUAAAAAAACACUUUUUCUAGUGAAUGAAUUCAUUUAAAUUUUACAAUAAAAUGGUAAAAAAAACUCACUAGACUACAAAUUCCCUGGAAUAUCAAAAUGAUGUAAAUAUAAGCUGUAAUGUUUUAAAUGCCAAAAAUCACAUGACUUAACACUUUGGUGCUUUAAACAUUAUGGCUACACAUAAAUUCAACUUCAAAAUACAGCCACUUACAGUGCCAAUAUUGACAAAUAUUUUUUUUAGCAGAAAGCAUUGCAUUUAGAAAUCAGUUCUUCAAUAAAAUGUAUUUAGAGAAA